AAAGGGAAAGGAAAAAGUCUCCAAGGCGCCCGGCCCCCGCAGGACGGGCCUAGACAUGCUGGGCGCUCCCAGGCUAGGACCCAACCCACGCUGGGCGCCUCCUUGGGAAAAGAGAAGAGGGGAUGCCAGUCUCCAGAGUUGCUCUGCACCCGCAGGGAAUCAAGUGGCCAACUCCAUCCUUAGGCUUGGGGGGAACGAGGGGAGAAAACAUAUAAGUAACCUUCUAGGUCCAGGUGGAAGACGACACUGGAAAUGGAGACACUUUGGGUCCCGGUGCAGGAAGGGUUGAAUCCAAGACGUGCACUUUUCUCGUGGAGGCUGGCUCCGUGGCUCCAACCCGGAGGCUGUGGAGGACUGCCAGGGGUUCUGACCUCAGCUAUUUCUCACCCCAGGGUGAAGGUGGGACCAGACCCGCCCUUCCCUGGCUUCCUAUAAGGGCACAGGACCCGGGACUGCAGCAGGUCACACACCAUGAGGCCGUCUAGAAGACACAGGACCUUCCUGCUGGCUCUCACACUGCUCUGCGCCCUGUUGCGUCUCGGGUGCUCGCUAAGGUGCGAAGUGUGCAAGGGCUCGGGUCACACGUGCAGCGGGAAGAUGAAGACCUGCGAAGCCGGCAAAGACGCAUGCGUGGUUCUCGUGGGCGAGUCGAGCACAAAGGGCCGGAAGUCAGUGAGCACCUUCAAGGCUUGCAUGAAGUUUAGAGACUGCUACUCCGGCUUCGUAUCUACCACCAUGAGUCCCAAUGACUACAUGGUGUCCAACGCCCACUGCUGUCAGAGCGACGGCUGCAACAGUGUCCUGGUGCCCCCUCCCCAGAACAAUCGAACCGAGAACGGCCUGAUGUGCCCCUCCUGCAUCGCGCCCUUCCAGGAGACGUGCCCGGGAACCCAGGCAGCCCGCUGCGUGGGCCCGGAAACACACUGCAUCUAUUUUGCGGGCAGUGUGCAGGCUGGCAUUAUCAACACAAAAUUUGCCACGAGGGGCUGUGCCACGGAGAGCGCCUGCCACACCAAGACCGGAGCCGAGGUGCCUUCCGCCUCCUACCUCUACUUCCUGCGCAGGGCGGACUGCGUGCCAGCCCCCUACCCCCCUGGGAGGGGCGAGUGACCGACCCAAAGAGGAUGUGACUUGAGGUCCCCAUCUGCCCUCAGCCUGCGGCUCUCCAGGCGCCCGUAAAAUUAAAACCGAUGAACAGAGUAAAA